AGAAAAGGAAGGAAAUUAAUCUAUAUCAAAAGGUCAGUACUUAAAGGGUCUGCUCCAUUUCUCAGUCUCCAAAGUCAGCCCUCCUCAGGGUCUAACAACUUUUAAAAGCCCUAAAUAGACAGACUGUUCAUUUCCUUCUGCACUUGGCCAGGUCUCACUGCAAGCCACGCCUGGCCCAGCCCCGUCCCGCCUUGAGCCUCGGUGUCCCCACCUAGGGGCGGGCAGCCAGGGGCACUUCCGCUGGCCCAAGUGAUCUGCAUGUGGCAGGGCUGCGCAGUGGAGCGGCCAGCGGGCAGGAUGACGAGCCAGACCCCUCUGCCCCAGUCCCCCCGGCCCGGGCGGCUGACGAUGUCCACCGUUGUGGAGCUGAACGUGGGGGGUGAGUUCCACACAACCACCCUGGGUACCCUGAGGAAAUUUCCGGGCUCAAAGUUGGCAGAGAUGUUCUCUAGCUCAGCCAAGGCCUCCAUGGAUGCAGAGGGCCGCUUCUUCAUCGACCGCCCCAGCACCUAUUUUAGACCCAUCCUGGACUACCUGCGCACUGGGCAAGUGCCCACACAGCACAUCCCUGAAGUGUACCGUGAGGCUCAGUUCUAUGAAAUCAAGCCUUUAGUCAAGCUGCUGGAGGACAUGCCGCAGAUCUUUGGUGAGCAGGUGUCUCGGAAGCAGUUUCUCCUGCAAGUGCCGGGCUAUGGCGAGAACCUGGAGCUCAUGGUGCGCCUGGCGCGUGCAGAGGCCAUAACAGCGCGGAAGUCCAGCGUGCUUGUGUGCCUGGUGGAAACGGAGGAGCAGGAUGCAUAUUAUUCAGAGGUCCUGUGUUUUCUGCAGGAUAAGAAGAUGUUCAAGUCCGUUGUCAAGUUUGGGCCCUGGAAGGCAGUCCUAGACAACAGUGACCUCAUGCACUGCCUGGAGAUGGACAUUAAGGCCCAGGGGUACAAGGUAUUCUCCAAGUUCUACCUGACGUACCCCACCAAAAGAAACGAAUUCCAUUUUAACAUUUAUUCAUUCACCUUCACCUGGUGGUGAUCCUCAGGAGCAGAGACUGUUACGAGUUCUGGCAUGGCUUAUGAAAUUAAAAGUUGCCAUCAAUGCCAUUUUCCUUUAAUUUCACAAGCAUCAGGCAAUUUCCAGGGUUGGUCUAGAGCCUUGCCCCUAAAUAUUGAUCUCCCAUUUAAGGACUUUCCACUCUAUUGCAACUGACACCACUAUGUUUGCCUAGCAACUUGCAGCUGCUUCCUCUUCAAAGCCUCAUGUAUCUUUAAGAAUGUUUCAACAAUGCAUUGGCAAGAGAUGUGGAAUGACAACAGGAACAUACAAGAUACUCUGAAUCUAGAUGUUCUGACCUAAAGAUGUAGUCUACCUAGCCCCAGCUUGUGGUCCAAUCCAUCUGUCUCUGGCAUGUGCCCUCAUGUAGCAGGUGCUUUCCUGAUCCCCUUUAUGAGAUGCUGUGGGUGCUAAAACCUCAGAGCUGUCCUCUUCUCUAGAGUGGAGGUUUUCAAAGUGCAUCAUCAGCAUUACCUGUGAACUUGCUGGAAAUACAAAUUCUCAGACCCCACCCCAGACUUACCGAAUCAGAAUUUCCAGGGGUUGGCACAGCAUUCUGAUUUACCAAACCCUCCAAGUGAUUUUGAUGUAUUCUAAUUUUGAGACCAUCUCUAGAAAAGAAUUGCUACCUCUUGUAUGGAGGUACAAAAGACUGACCUCUUACAUCGAGGAACUUCCUUCCCCAGAGCUCCUCAUGGAAUCAGGCUGAAGUCAGUCUUCUUCUGAGAGCACAUUCUUACUUAAUUUUUUUUUUUUUUCCUGUUCUACGCUGCUUCCCUCACUCCCCUUCUCCUAAGAGCACUCCAUCAAUAAACCACUUGCAUGAGA